AUGCAGGCGAAGACAAUAUGCCCUUCAGAUCCACUUGUAUACAAUGAACUUGGAGUGGUUGCUUAUCAUAUGAAGGAAUACAAAAAUGCUGUGUGGUGGUUUGAGAAGACUUUGGCUCACAUUCCAUCCUCUUCAAAUGAAAUGUGGGAACCAACAGUUAUUAAUCUCGCUCAUGCAUUAAGAAAGUUAAGGAGGUACAAUGAGGCAAUUACAUACUAUGAGAAAGCGCUUGCAUUAUCUACCCGAAGUGUGAGCACAUAUGCAGGUCUUGCGUACACUUACCACUUGCAGGAUAAUUUUGCCGCAGCAAUUACAUACUACCACAAGGCUCUAUGGCUGAAAGCAGAUGAUCAGUUCUGCACAGAAAUGUUAACUUUGGCUCUUGUAGACGAAAGCCGUUGUGGCGUAGAUCCCGAAAUUGGGUCUCAUCGAAAUGAGACAUGCCUACUGUGAGAGUUCAAAGUAAAAAAUUCGUCUCGUGUUAUUUAUUUUUAUUCCAUGGCAUAAUGUCUGAAGCAUAUUAUUAUGUACUGUGGGUAGGAUAGGAUUGUGGUAGGUAAAUUUAAUUGUUGUAUCAAAAUAUAUGGACAAUGACAAUGAGUGCAGCUAUCAAG